AUGUCGGACAGCAAGAUCAGCGACGUCGUGCAUGAGGAAAAGGCCGAGGUGGAGGAGCCCUACCAGAUUGAUCCUGAAGCAGAGAGACGGCUCAUCAAGAAGCUGGACUGGACAUUGCUCCCUCUGUUCACUAUUACCUAUGUGUGCAAUUAUAUCGAUAGGACUGCCAUUGGUAUGGGCCCCUUGCCGGCUGUCUUUUCGUCCGCUAAAGCUGACAUGUUCGCCAACGUCAAGGCAAUGCUCGUAUCGCUGGUUCGGUUGGAGAAGGAUUUGGGAAUGGAGGGGUUAGAUCUUAACAUCGCUUUAACAAUUUUCUACGUCUUUUACACCUGUGCCGACAUUCCAUCAAACCUCCUUCUCAAACGCUUUGGGACAGUGUGGCUGGCAUUCACGGUCUUGGCUUUCGGUCUUAUCUCCCUCUUUUCUGCGUUCCUGCAGUCGCAGCAAGGCUUGAUCGUUACGCGUGUAGUCCUGGGUUUGGCUGAAGGCGGUACUUUGCCCGGUCUGGUCUAUAUCAUGUCAAGGUACUACAGACGGCAUGAAUUCGUCCUCCGAGUCGGCAUUUUCUUCGGCAUUGCACCGAACAUUUCUGGUGCCUUCGGUGGGCUUCUGGCUUCAGGUCUCCUCAAAAUCAACGAUUUCGGAAUCGUCACCACCGCCUGGGGUAUCGCCUGCUUCUGGAUCCUUCCCAAUGACCCCGCCACCACCAAGAUGUUCAACGAAGAAGAGCGGAAACUCGCCAUUGCACGGUUAGAUGCUGACCAGGUUAUUAAGACUGGAGGUGUCAAGGAGAAGACGACAUGGAGACUGGUUUUGCGGUCGUUCAACUUCAACACCACCAUUUGCACCAUCAGCUUCCUCCUCUUGAACGUGUCAUUCCAAGGUCUCGGUUUGUUCUUGCCUACCGUCGUCAACUCUUUGGGUACCUACACUGUCGUCGAAGCACAGCUCCGAACCGUCCCUCCUUUCCUCGUCGGCGGUAUCUGGUCCUUGUCAAACACAUAUCUCAGUUACCGUAUCAGGAAACGAUGGCUGCCGAUCAUCACUUCAGUCUCUCUCGUCGUGGUCGGCUAUGCGAUUGCCAUUUCUACCCAGAAUCGAAGUGCAAGAUAUGCAGCGUGCUUCAUUAUGAUUGCUGGUGGUUCGGUCGGAGGCUCUUUGCUUGUCAUUUGGGGAACCGAUAAUGCUGCUCCUGAUACAAUGCGUGCAGUUGUCAGUGCCGCCAUUCCCGGUCUUGGAGCUAUGGGUUCAAUCGUCUCCGUAUGGACCUACGUACCCUCCGACGCUCCCGACUACCGACGCGGUAACUCUGCCUGUCUCGGAUGUGUCACGACCAUUGUCUUCCUGCUCAUCAUCAAGACUAUCUACAUCUACCGUGAAAACGCUAAGCGUGAUCGUGGUGAGAGGGAUUACAGGUUGGAGGGCAAGACCGAAGAGGAGAUUAAGCAGCUCGGGUAUAAGCACCCCGAGUUCAGGUAUCAAGUUUAA